CGACAAUACCAUUCGGCUGAAGUUGAGAGGAGCAAGUCGAAACUUGAGAGACUUGGAGCAGUACUUCAGAGCAACGGCAGAACAUUAUAACGGAGUUCAUCUCUCCAUCAAAAGAUAGCUGGUAGCUAUCACGGACGAGAGCGCAUUGUCAGGAUGUGCUGUCAGGCGAGAUGGAAACGAGAGGUCGUUCAGGGUCACAAGUUCGACUUUAUCAACAUUCACGAGUAUCACCUGAACGACUGGUUCACACGACUACGAUACCUCUUCGUCUACCUCUUGCUGGCCAAAUCGUUCGCCGUCUACUGCCUUGACAUCUUCACCGCCAUCACAAUGUUGUCGACGGACAACUGGACCAACGCGAUCUACCGAAAAUGUGGGGACGAUUGUGUUGUUACGAUCAAGUUCGAAGUGGCCAAGUGGAUCUUUGUCGGAUGCAUCAUCGCUUCGUUUGUGCUCCUCGCUUACGAAAGUUGCAAAGCCAGGCUGAUCAUCCGUAGUCGGGAUAUCGCCUUUGCCUAUACCAACGUCAUGGCCAACGAUUACUACUCGGUUCGGGAUUACGACUAUUUCUGCUUUUGGUGCCACGUCUCGGAAUCCGAAAAGAAGAAAGACAUCAUCACCGGAUUCGUGUUUUUCACAUUCAAAGACUGGAAACGUCUCAUCGCUGCCGACGGACCUCGUCAGAGCAUCAACGCUCUCACCCUCUACUCGUUUGCCUACGCCAACGAUUUCCAGACGCACGACCUCCCGGCCUAUUGGGACAAUUCGAUCAUAACCCUACUCUUACUGUUGUCCAUGAUCGCCACCGUGCUGAUCUGGCUGAUCAGCAUGUUCUUGCUGGUUAUUGCGGCUGUCUGUUAUAUUCCGCUGUUGUGCUACAUCCAGGGCAAUCUCAAGGAGUAUGUUUGCCACAAGGUCGACAAGCGAAUCGCCGAAUUGAUCCGCCGCAAACAGCGCCAAAGGCUGAAACGCAACAUGCUACUCGAAAAGCAACUGGCCGAAGGCGCUCCCAUCAAGGACAAGAAGGGCCAAGUGCUUCGGGGCGUGCAACAGCCUACGAUCCCCGUCGUAGCAUUUGACGAGUCGGACGAGGACAUGCGGAUGAGGAUGGACAAAGGUGGAGCUCGGGCGAGACCGAGGUACAAGCAGAGUCCUAGCGACAGCAAUCUGGCCGGUACCGACUAUCCACCAGAUCAAAAGUACCAUCCUCAGCCGAGACGCCAAUUCUCUACUCACAGCGGCAACGACCUGUUUGAUGGGAGCUAUCCGCCCACGCUGGAAUACGGCUAUCAGGAGCCUGCUCCGCUAUAUGGCGGAAAUUAUCAGCAUGAAAGCUCGACCAAUCUGAUGGCCGGCGCUGCUCCACCAGGCAUGUCUCAAACGAUGCCUACGCUUGAACCUCAACAAUCUUACGAAUAUCAGCACCACCUACGGCCGAGCGAUUCGUGGGAGCAAUAUCCUUCGCCCCAGAUCGCCGACUAUGCUCCGAUACAACACCCUUAUCCACCGCCACCGCCUUCGAAACGGCACAGCGGACUCGCUUACGACGACCCGACAGACGAAUUGACUGCACACGACCCUUAUUCACGACAUACGAACCCGUCACAUCGUUCCUGAUCAUGUUUACGAACUCUCGAAUAGAACUUUUCCUGUUCCUUUUCCUUUUCCGGACAAGCAUGCGUCUAUCUUUUCGCAAUCGAAGUUGUAUCUUUAGUAAUGCAAGCUUUCGCUCCAACCAUGAAACAAGCUCAACUGCGGUUUACGUA